CGUGUCUCCGGCAGCACGGCUGUGAAGCAUUGCAGUGCAAUUCACGUUUUCACAAGGAGCGGUUGUAAGAUGGCGGCCCGGUGGGGAACAGGCGAAGAGAUUUUAACUACUCAUAAUAUGGAGUUUUUCUCAACUACAAGCCUGGAUGAGGCUGAGGCCCUUCAGGGUGCUCUUGUGGUGGACUGCAUAGAGGACCAGGGCCUGCAUGCUGGAGAUGUGGUGGAAGCCUUGCAUGGCUGCUUGGACCCCUCCAUCCUGUCUAUCUUUGAGGACUCCCCCACUGGAGAGGCAAAAAUUGGAAUUGACGAGGAGAGUGAAGCGAAUCUGCUUACUGCAUUAACCGAAGUACUUGACAACGUGGACGAUGAGAACCUGUCGCCAUUCGACAUGUUGCCAGACGUGGAGCUGUUAACAGGUCAAAAGGGCCGCGAGCACUCACCGUUAAGGAAGCUCUUUUGCCUGUCACGGUCACCCCCGGACAGAGAAUCCAUGUUCAACUCGAGAGCGUUUUCCAGUCCAGGAAAGAGUUUACCCAGAAUGCCAAGUGUGACGAUACAGCGGAGCGACGGUGAGGAUGAGGAGGAAAUGGCACACUUGUCUGACAUUGAGCCGUCUGUGGACCUGCUGGAUUGGAGCAGUGUGUCUCUGGAGCAGGAUGGUAGCUGUGUGGCGGUCACGCUGGGUGACCUGGUCAAACACAUGCACUGCAUGGCCGUGUGCCUGGAGGACGGCACUGGCGAACAGAUGCUUCCGGAAGGCGGGAUUGUGCUGGAGGUGGUGGACCAGGGAGAGCACGGUGAACCCAUCCUGGCCAUCCCUGAUCUGAGCCUUGAGCUGCCUGACUCUGGUUCCAAACAGGAGGUUCCAGACCAGACCCCCACGGUGGGUCAAGAACACCCUGCUCCUGAGGCCGACGCGCCAGUGGACGCAGUGGAGCCUGCAGGUUCACCACCGCCAUUGCUGGAGGAUCAGGAAGAGAAGGUGGUCAUCAAGCGGCCGAAGGAGGAGGUGACUGAGAAGUGUCCCUCACGCAGGAAAAAGAAACGGAAAAAUAAAGAGGCCCAACCUCUGCCCGUGUCAGAGGGUAGGGUCUUGAGAAGCACCACAAAGGAUCUGACAAAGAAAACUCAGGAACAGCAAGAGCUGCAGAAGAGAAAAAAGAAGGUGACCUUUGCCCCAGUCGUCUCAACAACACUGGCAUCGGAGGUCGCAACUACACCCAAGGCUACCUUGGCUGACCACCCUCAGGUGACGCCCCAAACCCCCAUAGACAAGAACCCUGCCCCCACAUGUGAUGAGCUCAGGAUGGAUGCCAGCGCACCCAAAGCUUCACCAGCUCCUGCAUCGCCACCUGUGCCAGCCCCAUCACCCGUGCCAGUGCCAGUGACCGCACCCAGUGCUACCUCUCCCGUGCCAGUCAGCGCAUGCGCCCAGGAGAAGGCUCCCGAGGAGCCAGUGGUGGCCCCUGCACCCAACGAGCCUAAACCCAAGCCGCUGAGCCUGCAGCAGUACCGCCUCCUGCGGCAGCAGAAGAGACCCGCUCCCCUGGAGAAGGCCGGCGACAACAGCACCAAGUGGCCCUCUCUGCCUGAGCCCCCCAAGGAGCUGCCCCUCAUCCCCUGCCUGCCACAGCCCAGCCCAAAAGACCCACGUAACCUGGCAGCCGCCAAGGAGCCCUUUCCUGUCGAGAAGCCCGUCUGGCAGCCCAAGGGCCUGGCUGCUCCCCCCACUCCAGAAGCCCUGCUGGUGCCACCUGCCUCACUGGUGGCAGCCUCCAGUAAACCUGCUGUGCCCAAGCCUGUCUCUGUGCAACCUUCCCCUGCCUCCACCCCCAGUCCCACUCUUGCCCCUACCUCCACCCCCAGUCCCUCUCCUGCCCCUACCUCCACCCCCAAUCCCUCUCCUGCUCCUGUUGCUGUUCCUUCUCCUGCCCCCAUUCCCUCUCUGCAGCCCCAGGGCCAAACUUCAGUAGCCGCGUCUCAGAACACUACGACCAGCGAUGCCCCGCUGCACGCCAUUCAGCCGGCUCCGCCGCAAGCUGCUGUUUACAAGACUGCUCCACUUCCAAGUGCCACUACGCCCACCGCCUCCCAGGUGCUGCAGGCCAUCGUGUCCCAGCCGCACAUCGCCCAGCUGCUCGCCGCGGCCCUCAAGGGCCAGAAGCUGCCCCUUGUGUUGCCUCAGGUCCGUAGCAACGCCCUAACACCCCAGACCCAGAGUGAUGUUUACCCCAGAACCACUACAGAGGCCCAGCCUGCUGCUGCUGUUGCUGCUUCUGCUGCUUCCACCCUUCAGAAGGUGGUUGCUACUCCAGCAGCUGCUGUCUCUGUUGCUCCUUUGCAAGCCCAGAAAAAGCCAGAGCAGACUGUGGUGUCACCCAAGCCGGAGCCAGUCAAAGUGGCAGUGACACAGCCGCUGCAGAGGCAGGCACCCGUGGCAGCUGCUGUGCCCACCAACCCUUCUGUGGUGGCAGCCCAGAGCCAGCGCAAAGCCCUACCUGUGCAGCCGAAGCAAACACCAGCUGUGGCACCACCCAAAGGGAAGAGUCAGACCGAUGAACUAAUUGAGUCUUUUACAAGUGAGAUCGGCAUCGAAGCUUCUGAUCUUGCAAGUCUGCUUGAGCAGUUUGAGGAGACCCAAGCCAAGGUGGAGCGCAGUGUGCCGGAGGUCUUUGGCAGAGCAGCCGCUGUAGGAAACUCCAGUGUUGAGACAACAAUGGAACGUAAACCAUUGGAGGGAACCAAAGUCCAUGACCUAGGUAGCACCGCAGGCCUCACUCCUCCAGGCACUCCUCCCCAUCAGAUGUGGAAGCCCCUGGUGCCAGCUGUCUUGCAGGGCAAAAGCAAGAUGGCCGACGGCACCAAGCAGACCCCCACUAAGCUGACCAUCCAGAUCGAGCCUCGGCCCCUGCCGUCAAGCAAACUCCGUGGCAAGGUUCAGCCCAGUGCGGCCGCCUUCCAGCCCUUCUCCCCUGACCACGACUACUGCCUCCCCUCAAAAGAGUCUUCCUCUGAGGUUGGCAAACGCUGGAACAUCAAACAGCAGUCCAGCAUAACCAUUAAGACCUUUGAUCUCCCCUCGGAGGUAAAGGAGUCACGGCAGCCGUUGACGCAGUGCCCCCAAGUGGCCAGCGUGUGCAGCAAGCCCAGUGGAGCUCCUCGCCCUCUGGAUGAGCAGGCUCUGGCCAGCUCGGUUCUGGUGACCCCAGACGCCUCCCCGUCAAGGGUCGAACCGGAGGUGGCAAGAACGAGGAGCCCGAAGCGGGAAUGUCCAUCAGGCCGUGGCUUGCGCUCCCCUAGCCCCUGUUGCAGGAAGAGGGGUCGAGCAAGGCGGCGCCAGUCGGACCACUCCAGAUCCAGCAGUUCGGGCUCCAGUUCCAGGUCUUCAUCCAGAUCUCAAUCCCGAUCACCCCCGAGAAAAAGAUGUUAUCGCUCACACCGGUCUGAGAGCACCUCCAGUUCUCGGUCCCGGUCCAGGUCACGCUCACGGUCUGAGUCCCACUCGCCGCACAGACGGCGUAGGUACUCCUACUCUAGCUCCCGCUCUGGGUCCUGGAGUAGGUCCAGGUCCCGCUCCAACUCCCCAAACUCACACAGGCCUUGGAGGAGCAGGAACAGUCCUAGGUCCAGUCGUCACAGCAAGCAGGAACGCAGUGAAGAAGUGAAGAGACACAAAGAGAAGGCGAUUGAGGAGCGUCGGGUGGUUUACGUGGGCCGCAUCCGUGCAGGGAUGACCCGUGCGGAACUGAAGGAGCGCUUCUCGUUGUACGGCGAGAUUGAGGACUGCACCUUGCACUUUAGAGAACAUGGGGACAAUUAUGGAUUUGUCACUUACUACGACACAAAAGAUGCCUUUACUGCCAUCGAGAAUGGCAGCAAGCUCCGGCGACCCAACGAGCUUCCGUUUGACCUCUGCUUCGGAGGUCGGCGGCAGUUCUGCAAAACCAGUUAUGCUGAUCUUGAUUCAAAUCGAGAGUAUGAUCCAGCUACCGCCAAGCGCAAAUUUGAUGCACUAGACUUCGACACUUUACUCAAGCAAGCUCAGAAAAACUUGAAAAGGUAACAUGGAGAAGCCUGGGUGGCAGAACGGGAGAUCAAAAUCUAUUACCUCAAGGCCUUCGCCGGCCUCCUCCGCUGCCCAGAUUGUUGUUUUGGUUGACUGUUUUUGUUUUAGUUUUGUCCUAGUUUUUUGUUGUUUUUUUUUUUUUGCAAGCUUACACCUUCUAUUGAAGUGAAGAUUUGUAUUAAAAGAUAAAAAUAGUACCAAAAAAAAUGAAAAUUAUUUGAAACUAUAAAACUAUGAAUGGAAAUUGUUUUUGUUUUUUAAAAGAUUGAUUUAUUUAAAUGUUUUAUUUGACUUGCCAAGCGCUGAAAACAAAACAUUUUAAGAAAUUGAGAAUUAUGUUUGAGCUUUUAUCAGUGUUUGGGGAUUUGUGAAUUACAUUGCACAAAAUGUAUGUCAACCCUAAUAAAUAUUUAAACUGGUAA